GUGGCGGGGCGGCCGCUCUGGUCCAGGUCUGGGCGGGGAACGUGCAACUAGCGGGGCGUUAGGACCCGGUGCGCGUCUCCCGACCCCGCGCGCCCAGGUCCCGGAGCCGCGGGAGGAGAGGCUUGAAUGGGAGGUUGGAGGGGAUCCGGCUGAAAGGGCUGCCCGCGGAAUAGCUCUGCCGUCGCCAGGCAACCGUCCUGACGCAACGCAAAAAAAAAAAAAAAGUCCCUUAAAAAAAAAUAGUGCAGAGAAUUCACGGGAGCACGAGGGAGAGGCAGGAGCCGGCUUAGCCCCCGAGGCCGGGCCAGAGGCUGCGGAGCGGGGAGCCCGCGUCGGGAGUUGGAGGCGGGGACCUCGGUGACACCCCUGGAAGGGGCCUCUGAGCACCCCGGAAGGUGUGGAAACAGAUGUUUUGAAAAAGCUGAGCUGCAGCCAUUAGCACAGGAUGUUGCAAACCCACCUGCACUGAGUGACACAUCCAGGAGUACAGGGCCUCCCUGGACUGGCCAGCAGCUUCUCGCCACCUGCCCUUCCCCACAAGGAGGGAGCUGCUUCCCCGCCCAUCUCUGAUCCGCCUGCAUCUCCGGGACUGAUAGAUCUUCUUGGCAAAGCUGCCCCAAAGAUUCCUGCUAACGCCUGUCUGUUCCUGCCUUGUGUGGAGCGGGCGCCCACGGGACUCCGGAGAGAAUCUUAAACCCAAAGCUCUACCGUUGCUCUGGACGGCACCCUGUGCGCUCCUGCCUAGUCCCUCUCGGCUCCGGGAGCUGCUCACACCCCAGCGAUGCCCACGGGAGCCUUGGCCCCAGCUGGGUGAGACCAUUCCAGAGUGGGCCCCAACCUUACCAGCCUCCAGGACUCCCUCAUCACCUCCACCACCUCCCAUGUCCGACCGCCCAGCAGGCUCUAGGAUGUCUGUGCCCCAGAUCCAGGUGGAAGAAGUGGUGGUGGGGGAAGAGGUGCUGGCGGGAGCAGCCCCGCCUCCUGACGACCACCUCCGGAGCCUGAAGGCCCUGACUGAGAAACUGAGGCUGGAGACCCGCAGGCCCUCCUACCUGGAAUGGCAGGCGAGGCUGGAGGAGCAGGCCUGGCCCUUCCCCAGGCCGGCUGCUGAGCAGCGGGAGUGUGGGGAGGAAGAGCCCUCCCUGCCGCCGAGAGAGCCCAGGCGGCACCCGCCACCUAAUGCCAGUGCCAGCCAGGAUGCCGGGACCGGGUCCACGGGCAAGCUGGAAGGCUUUGAGAAUAUCGACGAGGCCAUAGCCUGGCUCAGGAAGGAACUGACGGAGAUGCGGCUGCAGGACCAGCAGCUGGCCAGACAGCUCAUGCGCCUGCGCAGUGACAUCAACAAGCUGAAGAUAGAGCAGACCUGCGACCUCCACAGGCGGAUGCUCAACGACGCCACCUAUGAGCUGGAGGAGCGCGAUGAGCUGUCAGACCUUUUCUGCGACUCCCCGCUGGCCUCCUCCUUCAGUCUCUCCACGCCACUCAAGCUCAUUGGAGUCACCAAGAUGAACAUAAACUCCCGGAGGUUCUCCCUCUGCUGAGCAGCCCUACAACAGGGCAGAGGAGCCAGAACAGAGGGUUUGGGAAGCGGAGAGGGGGCGUAGGGAGAAGGGAAGUGAGGCUGAGAUACCUCAAGUAGGUCUCCCCAGAGGCACAGCUUCCCUGAGACUGGUGAGCCGUGGACCCCAGGGCCUGUCCGCAGGGGAUCUCCCUGGGGCCCUAGCUUUGGAACCCAACAUCCCCAUGACUGGCUCUCACUUAAUACCCAAAGAGUCCUGCAGAAGGGCCACUCCAUCCCGAUGAUCAACGAGACUUGGGUUUCCAGCAUGACACCUCUCAGUCCUCCCCUCAGUGAUCCAUGUUCCUGCUUCCUGGAAUCACUGGUGCUAUGAGAACUGGGAUCCCAAAGUGGGGGUGAAGGAGGUGGGCAAAACAGUGAUUAUUACAGAAGGCUUCCCCACGGGCAUGGGCUCCCAGGCAGAGGUGAUUAGACAUAUCAGAUGUGCCCAUCUCGCUGUGGCUGUCCUCUAAGUACUGGCUCGAAUUCACCCUAAGUGGGUGACUCAGCAACCCCAACAGGGACCCACCAGGAAAGGAAAACCAAAAGGGUACAAUGUAAAUUGUACCCAACGGGUGCUGGGACACACCAGUCUAGCUUGGCUGGAGCAAGCCUAGAUGCCCUCUGUUGCCUGCCUGGCCACUUGUACAAGUGCCAACUUCCAAAGAGUCCCUUUGCCAUCACGCCAUACCCUGGUGGAGUGCCUAGGAGACUGCUGGUGACAGAACCAGGCAGGUCUGUCCAUGGAUUUCCCAUAACUGAAUUUUCCCUGGGCCCAGCAGUGGCCUCCUGGUGGGUUCUGCCAGUGUCACCUACGUCACCUUCUUGCCCACCCAGAGAAACUGGAGGGAGCCCAGUCGCUCACCCUGAGCUCCUCUGAGAUUCUGUGCCUGACUUAAAUGACUAAUUUUAGUGGAAUCAGACUGUUACUAAUCUGUCACUAACCUGUUAAUAACUGUUUGAUUUUUGUCCAAAUGGCAAAGCCAGUUAGGUAGGUCAAACACAGAGGUUCAGGGUUUUGCAUGAGGAACGCAAAGGUGAGGACUGAGACCUGAACAGGUUAGGAAAGUUAGCCCGGUAGAGUGCCAUGUGUCAGGUGCUCCCCAGCAGGCGGGAAUUUUUAACCUUGGAUGCCACCUAAUCGAGGCCUCUCAUUCACAAAGUAGUAAAGUGAAGCCAGGGAAGGAGAAAAUGACUUCCCUCAGGUGACGGAGCUCAUGAGUGGCUAUACCACAUUGAUGUGUUAAAUCAUUAUCGAUAAUGCCUAGACAGAUAAUGUAUCAAUGAACUUGAACUCCAAAGAUGGUCCUAAAUGCUUUGCCAAACAUACAAACUGCCAACCCCUCUACUCUCCACCUCACUCAGCCCUCACAUGCACCUCCCACUGUGCAAUUCAGAAUCUUUGGGUCAAACUCAGAGCAAUGUCUGGACAGCAGACCCACAGAACACA